AUGUCUACCAUGAUAACCACUACAACUUGGGUGCCGCGAGGCUUUGCGGCACCAUUUCCCAAGAAGUAUGACUUUAACGAGGAAGAAUUUGAGCGCAUCGCGCAUCUGGCCAAGCUGCAACUGGACGAUGCCAAGGACGACCUUGAUGAGGCUCAGGCGCAGGAUGAAGCCGGUGAAGAGGGAGAUACAAAGACUGCUCGCGAGUCAAAGGACGAAAAAUCUUUGAAGGAGUCCAAGGAAUCCACAGAAAUCGACAUAAACGACGACGAUCUCAAGGAAUACGAUCUGGAACACUACGACGAUGAUGAUGAAGACCCGAAUGGAGUAGCGGGACAGGGCAUGGGUAUUUUUGGAAACGUAAAGUCGCUGGCCUACUAUGAGAACAACGAGGACGACCCUUACAUCACUCUCAAAGAUGGAAAGACGGGCGAGGACGACGAUGACAGGGAAGAUCUCCAAAUCUUGGCGACCGACAACCUGCUACUAGCCGCAAAGGUGGAAGAUGAGCUCGCCCAUCUGGAAGUCUAUGUCUACGAGGAUGCCGCCGAUAAUCUCUAUGUCCACCACGAUAUCAUGCUCCCCGCGAUACCACUGUGUGUGGAGUGGCUAGACAUCGCCGUGGAGAAGAAGGAUACUCCAAAGGAUGCAGCAGCAAAUUUUGUAGCCAUCGGCACGAUGGACCCUGAUAUCGAGAUUUGGGAUCUCGACACGAUUGACUGCAUGUACCCGAACGCGAUUCUGGGUCAGGGAAGUAACGCAGAUGAAGCAUCAGGCAGGAAGAAGAAGAAGAAGAAGUCGAAGAAGGUCAACGACGAGUUUCACGUUGACGCCGUACUAGCACUUGCGGCCAACCGAAAACACAGAAACUUGCUCGCCUCUGCAUCAGCCGACAAGACGGUCAAGCUCUGGGACCUGAACACAACCAAGUGUGCCAAGUCAUACAAGUACCACACCGACAAGGUGUGCUCAGUGGCAUGGCACCCGGUCGAAUCAACGGUGCUUCUGAGCGGAAGCUACGACCGGACUAUAGUGGCCGCCGACAUGCGCGCCCCCGAUGCCAAGGCACCCCGCUGGGGCGUCGAGAGCGAUGUCGAGAAUGUGAGGUGGGAUCCUCAUGACCCCAACUUCUUCUUCGUCUCGACAGAAAACGGAAUAAUUCACUACUACGAUGUGCGGAAUGCGCCCUCAGACCCGGCUGCCAGCAAGGCCACCUGGACUUUGCAGGCCCAUGACGAGUCUAUAUCCUCGUUCGACAUCAACCCUGUUAUUCCCGGAUUCAUGGUCACCGGCUCAACAGACAAGACCGUCAAGCUUUGGAACAUCCAGGAAUCGGGUCCGUCGAUGAUUGUUUCGCGCAACCUUGACGUCGGCAAGGUGUUCUCGACAAGUUUUGCCCCUGAUGCCGAAGUUGGCUUCCGCCUGUCGGUUGCAGGAAGCAAGGGAACCGUGACUGUGUGGGACACGAGCACCAACCCGGCCAUUCGUCGUGCAUUUGCCGGCAAAAUAGCCGACAACAAGGGCGCCGAGGUGAAGGAGAGAGUAAUUGGCGUCAACAACGCUGGAGACGACGAAGAGAGUGAUUCAGAGGACGAUGAUGACGAUGAGGACGACGACGAGGAUGGCGAUGGCUCAGACAGUGAUGAGUCUAUGAAUGACGCAUAG